ACCGCAUGGCGCGUCGCCCAACUUCGCCAACACAUUGAUUUGCCGCAGCGGGUCGCGCCGGCGUCUCGACGCUCUAACAGCCGGGCUUCCGUUCAGUCGCGAUUCGAUUUUCGUUUCGAAAGUUUAUUUAAAAGUUAGUGAUAAUAUCAGAAUUUAUCGACUGGCCAAUAACAACGCGAUAGUGCAAGGUGCAAAUUUCUGCUUGUUUCAAUUAAUGUGAAAAAAAAUCAAACAAUAGAAAGACAUUGGUGAUCAAUAGUUCCGAGCCCAAGAUGAUGUUGGUUUGAAUUUCUGAUUUCAGCACUAAUUCCAAUGUACUGCCGACAUUUGCUACUUUGGUGAGUCAGGCUACCGGCACCCUAGAUGUCCACGCGAACGACUGAAUGACGUCCGAGGACGCGACGGGCGGCGCCAGGCCGUCCUCGCCCGCUCUCAAUAGUACGUUAGUGGCGGCCGACGCCACCCUUAAUAUCCUUGUCGAUGCCACCCUACGUCCAGAAGCCUGCUUGGACACCCGGAAGUACUGGUGCUUUCUGCUCUCUUCGAUCUGUACGUUCCUCGCCGGAUUAUGCAUUGUUCUGGUGUGGCGUUUAUUUGCGUUUCUGUGCUGCCGUAAAGAAACCGAGUAUGGCCCCAACGACCCCAAACAAAAAGAACAGAAAGCCGCCCGACAGGGCAAGCAGGAGUUCGAGGGCACGUUCAUGACCGAGGCAAAAGACUGGGCUGGAGAGCUUAUUUCUGGACAAACCACCACAGGUCGAAUUCUGGUUGUGUUGGUGUUUAUUCUCAGCAUCGCAUCUUUGGUAAUUUACUUCAUAGACGCAUCUUAUUACCAUGCUGGUGAAGGUGUAGAACAUUGUGAGGAGUGGAGUAAAAACAUCACGCAACAGAUAGAUCUUGCCUUCAACAUAUUUUUUAUGGUAUAUUUUUUUAUACGAUUUAUAGCUGCUAGUGAUAAGUUAUGGUUCAUGUUGGAAAUGUAUUCAUUCGUAGACUAUUUUACGAUACCCCCGUCCUUUGUUUCAAUAUAUCUGGAUCGGACUUGGAUAGGUCUCCGAUUUCUUCGUGCUCUACGCCUUAUGACUGUACCAGAUAUUUUACAAUACCUCAAUAUUUUAAAGACUUCCAGUUCCAUUCGUCUUGCUCAGCUAGUUUCUAUAUUUAUAUCGGUAUGGCUUACCGCUGCUGGAAUCAUUCACUUGCUGGAAAAUUCAGGAGACCCGCUGGACUUUGAUAAUCCUCACCCGUUGCCUUACUGGACCUGCGUAUACUUCUUGAUAGUGACCAUGUCUACUGUGGGAUACGGUGAUGUUUUCUGUCACACUGUAUUAGGCCGCACAUUUUUGGUCUUUUUCCUCCUCGUCGGCUUGGCGAUUUUCGCCAGUUGUAUCCCAGAAAUCAUUGACUUGAUCGGGACUAGACCAAAAUAUGGCGGCACCUUGAAGAAUGAACGUGGCCGAAGGCACAUUGUGGUUUGUGGGCAUAUUACCUACGAGUCGGUUUCCCAUUUCUUAAAGGAUUUUCUUCACGAAGAUAGAGAAGAUGUGGACGUUGAAGUGGUCUUUCUACACAGGAAGCCACCCGAUCUCGAACUGGAAGGUCUGUUCAAGAGACAUUUUACUACCGUCGAAUUCUUCCAAGGUACCAUUAUGAAUCCCAUUGACCUGCAAAGGGUUAAGGUACACGAGGCAGAUGCCUGCUUAGUACUUGCUAACAAAUACUGUCAGGAUCCAGACGCAGAAGACGCAGCCAACAUAAUGAGGGUUAUUUCUAUUAAAAAUUAUAGUGACGAUAUUAGAGUGAUUAUUCAGUUAAUGCAGUAUCACAAUAAGGCUUACCUACUUAACAUUCCAUCUUGGGACUGGAAACAGGGUGACGAUGUUAUAUGCCUGGCUGAGUUAAAACUAGGAUUCAUCGCUCAAUCCUGUUUGGCUCCUGGAUUCUCUACAAUGAUGGCUAAUUUGUUCGCUAUGCGAUCAUUCAAAACUACCACAGUUAUUUUGAUGCUGACCAUCAAUAGCAGAGCAAAUGAGUCGCCCGGGAUGCAAAUCUGGACCAACGAUUACUUGCGUGGCACCGGUAUGGAAAUGUACACAGAAACACUCAGCCCCUCAUUUAUUGGUAUUCCGUUCGCACAUGCGGCUGAGUUGUGCUUCACUAAACUGAAACUGUUGCUGUUGGCCAUCGAGGUCAAGGGCGUAGAAGGAGCAGACACCAAAAUCUCCAUUAAUCCAAAAGGGGCAAAAAUUGUUGCCAACACCCAAGGCUUUUUUAUAGCUCAAUCUGCUGACGAAGUGAAAAGGGCUUGGUUUUACUGCAAAGCCUGUCACGACCACAUAAAGGAUGAAACCCUUAUAAAGAAGUGCAAAUGCAAAAAUUAUGUCGGAAUGAUCAUGAUGCAAACGGGUAUGGUCAAACAAGGCUUAAACUACCAAAGAUACUUCGAUGUGGCGCCGUUUAGGAAAGGGGUCCGGGCCCUCCAAUUGGUCGGCCAAACAAAUGAUUUGGAUGUAUCGUUUCCAAAUGACCACCAUCCUCCCCCUACUUUUACACCACCAGAGUUGCCCAAGAAGGUUCAUGUGCGAGGUGAUUUGAACCGUCAUGACGAUCUACUUAUGGCUCACAGGAAUCAGAAUCACCGAAAUAGCACCGUGCCGACAAUGAACAUGGUUAAUUCAACCAAGCAAGUUAAUAAAGUAAAACCCAACAUAACCAGAAACGCAACAGAUAGUUUGGUUUCUCCUACCUACAACUCUCGCCCGCCGGAUCCAGACACUACUACUUACGCCGGCUAUCAUCUUGCCUAUGAAGUCAAAAAACUCAUGCCGACCAGCCGAAGCAGUGGAGGCACCAACCAGAACAAUAACGGGGUAGCUCUCCCCGUGGGCCUUGCCGACGACCAAGCUAAAGAUUUUGACUUUGAAAAGACUGAGAUGAAAUACGACAGUACGGGUAUGUUUCACUGGGGUCCGGCUAGAAACUUAGAAGAGUGCAUUUUGGAUCGAAACCAAGCCGCCAUGACAGUAUUAAAUGGACACGUUGUCGUUUGUCUAUUUGCUGAUCCAGAUUCGCCUUUGAUAGGGCUGCGGAAUCUAGUUAUGCCUCUCAGAGCCAGCAAUUUUCAUUACCAUGAAUUGAAACAUGUUGUUAUCGUGGGGUCAGUCGACUAUAUUCGCAGAGAGUGGAAAAUGCUGCAGAAUUUACCAAAAAUAUCUGUCCUGAAUGGUUCUCCAUUAAGCAGAGCCGAUCUUCGUGCUGUGAACGUAAACUUAUGUGAUAUGUGCUGCAUUCUCUCAGCGAAAGUACCGAGCAACGACGACCCUACGUUAGCUGAUAAAGAGGCGAUUCUCGCAUCCCUCAAUAUUAAAGCUAUGACUUUUGAUGACACGAUAGGAGUGCUGAGUCAGACCAGUGAAAAUGCCGAAAAUGGUACGCCAGUGGGCAGCCCAAUUAUCUUGCAAAGGAGAGGCUCUGUUUACGGAGCGAAUGUUCCUAUGAUUACAGAAUUAGUCAACGAUAGUAAUGUCCAAUUCUUGGAUCAAGACGACGAUGAUGAUCCAGAUACAGAAUUAUAUUUAACACAACCAUUUGCCUGUGGCACUGCCUUUGCUGUUAGUGUUUUAGAUUCACUUAUGUCAACGACGUAUUUCAAUCAAAAUGCUUUAACACUUAUACGUUCACUGAUCACCGGAGGUGCAACGCCCGAACUGGAAUUGAUCUUGGCUGAAGGAGCUGGUUUAAGAGGAGGUUACAGCACUCCAGAAAGUCUCUCCAAUAGAGACAGAUGCCGAGUUGGUCAAAUAUCUCUCUACGAUGGACCUUUGGCUCAAUUUGGAGAAACGGGAAAAUAUGGAGAUCUAUUCGUCGCCGCUCUUAAGCAAUUCGGAAUGUUGUGUAUAGGACUUUAUCGAUUUAGAGACACCAGCUCAUCUUGCGAUGCUAGUAGUAAACGAUACGUUAUUACUAAUCCUCCCGAUGACUUUCAUCUGUUACCUACAGAUCAAGUAUUCGUUUUAAUGCAGUUCGAUCCCGGUCUGGAAUAUAAGCAGGUCAGAGGAGGUCGAAGCGGAACCGGCCAAGGGAGCGGAACAGGAGGAGGAGGCACGAACAAGGAUGAGAACUCUUGACUAUUGCUGUGUAGCGCUCUCACUGACGGACCAUAUUCUUAUAUAUAAAGAUGGUUCUAUAAGCAAAUUCCCACAAAGGUUAUUACCAUUCCAAAGCGUUUUCCAUAAUGCUUUAAGUAAUUUAGGUUCGGCUUCGAAUUUGUUCUGACAAUUUAGCUGAAAUUAAGUUAGAUAUGUAAAUUUCAAUAUGUUUCCAUAUGUUUUACACUGGUUUCUGGAUGAUUACCGCGUUCAACCACGACAGAAAAUGUCAACUCUCAUUGAGACCAAACUCCAUAGGAAUUCCAUCAAGAUACAUGCAAGUCCUAUAGAAAUUCAAGAACAUCUAAUAUUGAAUUUAGCCCAUAUGACAAUUCCACACUGUCUAUGAUGUCUAAAAAAUCGAAAAUGAAGGUGAUUCGUUAUCAACUGUAAUUAUAUUUUUAAACAAUGUGUUAUUUUUCUGUUUCAAUUAAUUUGCUUUGUUAUUGUGGGCCACAUCUGGAAAAUGAUAAAAUAGUGAAGACGCUACACAACAAUGAAUACGAAACGCACUUUGAAGUGUGUUGGAUGUAAAUUUCUGUGCAAUAUAAAAUAAGUAGUCGCGAUAAAUUAGUUGUAUUUAGAAACUAUUACCAUGAAGUUCCAUUAGAAUGGGAUCCAAGAAAACACCUUCCCAUUAUUUAGUAUCCCUAGGAGAAAGUGUUUUGCACCUAAUGCAGUUGAACGCCAACAUUCCCUCAAAGCUUACAGUAAGCAUCGCACAUUAACGUUGUUCUUUCGGUGGCUUAAAACCUCGUGGUACCCCGCUCUAGCUGAUUUAUAACGCUUUGUCAAUUUGAAAUAUCAUCAUUUUUUCGAAACAGUUAUCACUUUGAUAGUGAUGAUUGGAAUUAAAAAACCUUCAAAAGCGAUUAUUUUUAAUGAAUAUAACAUUUUACUCAUUUGCUUUUUAGUAAUUGGAAUUAAUGUAAUUUACGACUCAAUCUCAAGAAAUAAAUCACAACGGAUUACUAAUAUAAUAUGUGCGACAAUCUUUACAUUUUCAACUGUUGAAACGCCGAUUUGUUAAUUACAGCACAAACUUAAGCCGCAUGACUUUAAUAGCGUGUUUAUCUUGUAUUUGUGUCAAAAAUUGUAAAAUAUAAAGCAACAUCGUACACAUAAAAUACAUCGUUUGUUAAAUAUAUUAGUGGCUGUUCAAUAUUACCGUCCACAGACGCGAUUGAAGACAUUUCCUCAAAAAUACUUACUUUACGAACGUUAGCUCAGUGUGCUCUAAUUUUUGUGCCAGUGACUUAAUUUUCUGUGUUGAGUGAAUUUAUUUUGCAAUCAUUUUCUACAGAAUCAGAAAACUAGCAAUAUAAAGAACUAUCCGUUGUUUCGAAAGAAAAACAUUGGCCAUUGUUUUCUAACUACUACUCUAAUAUCGGUCGUUUUCAAGAAAAAUUAUAAUUUACAAUAUCAAACCUAACUGAGCCAACCGCUAUUCGUUAAUUCGUCCUCGUAUAAUGUUUAUUAUUCAUUACUCAUUUGCAACGAUCAGUUUUUGACCCACUUUUCACUUCAGCAAUCUCAAUUUAGUGAAUGAGCUAAGAAAGUACUCAAAUAUAUUCGGGUUUUACAAAUAAAAAAUGUUCAUCUUUAUUAUGGUCAGUUGAAACAGUCAAACGAUUAACAUUGAAAAAUGAUUGAAUAUAUUUCUCAAUACAGUUCUUGUCUUACUUUUAUUAAGCAGAUUCGAAAUGAUGAUAUUUUAGAAAAACGUACACAAUACCCCUUGCCUAUAUAUUAGAUCGUAUAUACAUAUAGUGUAGAUUUCAUAUUUCGAAAUAAUGUGAAUAUUGUAAAUUGCUUUCGAUGUAUAUAAACGGAUAUUAGCAAUUGUCGUGAAAAAUGUGUUGUAACCAAAGGCAUUAAUAAUUUUAAUCUGAUGUAAUAACAGUACUUAGAUACACUCAGAUACCUAUAAGUAACGGCUUCUGAUAUAUCGAAAAAUCUGCUUAUUUGUCUUAGCACAUAUUCGUAGUGCUAAAAAUCUGCAUUUACUUUUCGUAUAGGAAAAGAACUGACAAACUUAUGUACAUUUUUCAAACGCUUAUUUAAAAGCGUUGAGUAUGUUAAUGAAAACUGAAAUUUUUCAGUGGAUUUCACUGGAAUUGAAGCACAUGGUAUAUUGAUAAAUUUGUAUUGAAACAUUCUCUGGCUCUAAUUGUCAAUUUUAAUACACAGACGAGCGCAAUGUUUACCUUCUAAUACAUGCAUAAAUACCAUUUUAGUUAGUUAAUAAUUAUAUUAUCAGUUGUGAUCAUUAAAUAGAAGUAGAAACUUUCGGGAUGAAAUAAACCUUGUUGAUUGUGUAUUGAUUGUAUGCGAAUAGUUUUCGUUUCAAAUUUUAUGCAUUCACCAUUGACAUGUUAUAUGUUAUAAAUAAUAACAACUGCGAGAAUUAUUAAGAUUUGUAAAGCUUCAGCUCUCUACAGAUCAUAAACUUAACAAUUGAAUUGUGAUAUUGUAAAUAAAACCAAACAUAUUAUGUUUGUUAGGAUUCUAUGGUGUACAGAGAAAUAAUUUGUUAGCAAUAUUGACUGUGAAAACCAAAUUGUUAAAUCUACGACAAAUUCUUUUUAUAUAUUGUGCGAAACUAUUUUAGUCAAUUUUAUCACAUCUAGCAAUCGAUUAAAUUCAUAAGUUUUUAUUCUAACAGUUCCGAUUUCCAUCAUUUUAGAUGUUUAAGUGUAUUUUUAAAUUUGCAACUCUUCACAUGAGUGUCUUAGCAAAGUGUUGAUUCUCAAUUGACGUUAUGAGUUUUGUAGUUUUAUUGUUGAGUCAAUUUUAUAAAAGUUAUCAUAAUUUUGAA